AUAGUAUAGAGAAAAGUUUUGUUUUGUAUUAGGUCUAUUUGUUGUGAUUUUUUUAGGGAGAUUUUUAUCCAUAACAUUGUUUGAUGUGUUAAGAAACCAUGGCGACUACGGAGGAAUUUCUUUAUGACGUUCUAGGCAUUAUGAUUAUUUUCAUGGUUUGGAUUUUGAGAAGGCUUUGUGAUCCAUUGGGGGAAAUGACGUUUGAAGAAAUGUUUAGCACAGAAGAUCCUGAUGCUAAAGUUAUUCGUUAGGGAUGGGGGCUAAAGGAGUUAAGCUAGAUGUAGGUCCAGUUGAGGAGGUGUCAAGAGAAGAAUGGGGAGCAAGACUUCCCUUAGUAACAAAACCCAUACAGUUCCCUGUAGCUGUGAUCACCGUGCACUUCACUAACACCCAGACCUGCUCUACUAGGGAAGAAUGCAUCAAGAUAGUCAAGGAACUUCAAAGGAGGGAUAUGGAUGAUAAGAACCUUAUUGAUAUAAGAUACAAUUUUCUCAUUGGCGGUGACGGGGCGAUAUAUGAAGGCCGUGGCUGGAAGGCAGCUGGAAUCAGGGUCCCCGUCAUACACGAAAUGGUUGACCUUUUCCUAGAGAGUAUUGAUGUAGCAUACAUCGGCACUGUGCAAGAUGCCGAUGAUUCCGAAAUCUUGAGAUCAACCUUUGAAAAACUAGUUAAACUCGGAAAACUCCGCAGAUACAUUCGAAUGAGAGAGUUUUACUUGUGGAAAGAAGGGGGGUUCUUAAAGAAGAAAAACCUACCAAACUGUGAUGGCUUUGACGAACUCCCGUACGAUUAAAAAAUAUGAUUGUACAUUGUUGGUGUUAGGAUAAAUAAUUUAACAUGUCUACAUAUUACCCAUAUUUGGUGAUUGAAUUAACUGAAAAGGUGUGUUUAAAUUUUAUGCAUUAGUGAAACUUCUUGUAACUAAAUGGUCGUACUAUAACAGGAGCACUCUACUUAU